CUAUCCAUUCGACGACUAACAUUUCACUAUCCUAUCGGCGCAAUAAAAAAUGAUGCGCUCCUUCCUUCGUCACGCUCACAGGCGUGCUUGUGCGCAACAGCUCCGCACUAUCGGAACGCUCCGAUUGAACCAGAUGCCCGUUACCGGAGCCAACACCAAGAUUGUCUGCACUAUUGGCCCUGCGUCCGAUCAGGCCGAGUCGUUGGGUCAACUGGUGACCUACGGUAUGAGCGUUGCUCGUCUGAACUUUUCACACGCCGGAGACGACUACACCUAUUCCGAAGCCAACAUGGCUUUACUCCGUAACGCGGUUGGUAAACACCAUCACUUAGCGACUGGGUCUUCGACGGACCUGCCCAAGAACCUUCGUGCUAUACUUGUAGAUACAAAAGGUCCUGAAAUCCGGACCGGGAUACUUCCCGGUGAUGUGGAAAUCAUGGAUAUUCCAGUGGGAGCGACUGUCAUGCUAUGCAUCGAGGAUGUUUCGCAAGAAGUUCUUGCCGAAGGCGAGUUCAAGAUCCAUGUCGACUACGAGUCGAUUGCAAAGACGGUCAAGAUAGGAGAUAAGGUUCUUUUAGACGAUGGCCUUAUUGAAUUGGAAGUUAUGGAGGUACACCCUGGAAGUGGUACUGUUUUGACCAGUGCAUUAAACGGAGGCCCUAUCAAGAAAAAUAAAGGAGUAAACCUUCCGGGCGUGCAGUUAGAUCUUCCUGCCCUCACAGACAAGGACAAACGAGAUCUCGACUGGGCCUGUCGAGUCGGAGCUGAUUUUGUUGCAGCGUCCUUCAUUCGAACCCCGGCCAACGUCCGGUCGGUGAUUGCUUAUCUGGACCGUUGUAUUUCCAAGCUUCCAGAUGUGAACGGCAUGAAGCCUUUGCGUCCGCUGGUUAUCAGUAAAAUUGAGUCAAAAGAAGGAGUCGACAAUUUUGACGAGAUUCUGGAAGAAAGCGAUGGCAUCAUGGUGGCUCGUGGUGAUCUUGGAGUUGAAAUUCCCUAUAGCAAGGUAUUUGCUGCUCAGCGAAUGAUGGUUCACAAGUGCAACGAAAUCGGGAAGCCUGUUAUUGUUGCAACUCAAAUGCUUGACAGCAUGAUGCGCAAUCCUCGACCUACGCGUGCAGAAGUUACAGAUGUAGGGACAGCCGUUAUGGAUGGCGCUGAUGCGGUCAUGCUGAGCGGUGAGACAGCUGCAGGAAAGUAUCCAAUUGAAAGUAUACGUGCGAUGGCAAGCGUCGCCUGGGAAGCGGAUCAAAUCGUCAAUUCCAAAUCGUCGAUUGUAUGGAACGAGGAUUUACACGAGAAAAUGGAUCUCAUGGAACAAGAGCUGGAUGCGGUAGCUGCGUCAGCGGUUAGAUCAGCGCAGGAUAUGGGAGCGAAGAUGAUCGUACUGAUAACAAUGUCGGGACGUGUAGCUCGCGCGGUCGCUCGCCAUCGACCUACCGUACCAGUCCUGGCGUACUGCACAGAUGUACAAGUUGCUCGGCGAUUGCAGCUACACCGUUCUAUAAUUCCGAUCAUGCUCCAAUCCGAGGCAGAUCCUGGUGACUCGAGUACAAGAAUGGGAUAUCUGAGAGCUGAAGCCGUACGAACGGCAAAAGAGCUUGGGUUUGCCCACUCUGGUGAUCGAAUCAUUAUGGUGGAUCGAACGGUUGGCAAAAGCCACGACAUGCAUGAAUUUUCGCACAACAUGAAGGUUGUUACGCUACGUGACUCGUAGAGCUCAAGCUAAUUCUUUUACAGUCUAUUUACUAU